AUGUCUCCUAACGAAUUCAACAACUCAGCCCAACAAGACCAAUAUAACUCUCAACAAGGUCAAGGUCAAAGCCAGCAAAGACAAAGAUUACUUCAAUUUGCAGGUAGACAUGGUAAAAGAGGAGGUUUAAUAUCAUCUGUUAUCGGUGCUGCUGCAAAUGGUGGUGGAUUAUCUGGUAAUCAAACUAGUGGUCAAAAAAAUUCAAGAUUAGGGUCUCUUAUUGGAGCUGUGGCUGGGGCUAUUGGUGGUAAUAUGGCUGGGAAUUCUAUGGAAUCUGAAUCCAGUCAAAAUCGUCAACAACAAGGUUACAGUAAUAACAACAGUGGUUAUGGUAACAAAAAUUAUGGUAAUAAUAAUAGUGGUUAUGAUAGUCCUCCAUAUGAUAGUCCUCCAUACGCUAGACCACAACAAGGUGGUAAUUUUGGUAGUAAUGGUGAUAAUUAUCAAAGUGGAAAUUUCGCUGGGAAUGGUGGUAAUUAUCAAGCAGGAAACUAUGGAGAUAAUUUCGAUGGAGAAAGUAGACGUAAUGAAGGAGGAUUUAGUGGAGAUGGUAGACAACAGGAAGGAUUUGUAGGUCUGGAUUAUGGUAGACAAGAAGGUCGUCAUGAUGGUGAUAAUAAAUAUUAA